UUCUACAGUUGCUUCCUCCCUCCCUCCACACGCACAAGCAAGCUAAAUUAACGCCAAGACUUCGAUCCAUGGGAUGACCGACUCUCUUUUCUUUCCAAAUUCAUCAUCUGUCAAAUGAAAAUUCUGAAUCUGUGCAUUCUACACUCACUCUGGAGGUCCAUAUUUCUGUCUCCGUAUCCAUAUAUAAUCGUAAUCUACAUUACUAAUAACAAGACAGAAAGGGGGAAGGCGGAGAAGAAGGGGAACAAAGAAGGCGAUGCAUUCCAUAAAAGACAGAGUUUCAGCGACCCUUUCACGUCUCUUCUCUGAUUCUCCAAUUCAAACUGUUGACAAUCAACCUCAGGCUGGGCCAGAUACGAAGGACAGAAAGUCUAUAUCUUCACUACUUUCCUAUGUGCUCCCAUCAUCAAAUUUUGACAGGUCGAAAGAUCAGCAAGAUAAAACUCCAGUCCAGUCACCUUCUUUUACAUGGAGAAGUAGAAGCUUUAAAUGGGAAGAUAGACCCUUGGAAAGAUUUGAUGAUUGUGACAUUGAGAACGAUUGCGAUGAUAUCCCGAACUUUUACAGGGAAAAUAGAGAAAGCGAAUUUAAUAGGAUCUGUAAUUUAAAUGGUUACGCAGAAAACCUCGAGCCUAACUCUGCAAGGAGUGUUGCUAGUGGUUGUGAAGUCUUUGAGGAUGCCCAUGAUGGAGUUGACUUUGGCUCCAUGCCUAAUCUUAUUAAAGAGUCUCGUUUUAUUACCCCCGACUUGUAUGAGUUUCUCCAAGCAUCACUUCCUAAUCUAGUCAAAGGGUGUCAAUGGAUAUUACUGUACAGCACGGAUAGAGAUGGUAUUUCACUUCGCACACUCAUUCACAAGAGCACUGAUGUUUCUGGUCCAUGUUUGCUAAUUACUGGUGAUAAGGAAGGUGCUGUAUUUGGUGGAUUGCUUGAGGCACCCUUGACACCCACUGCAAAAGCAAAAUAUCAGGGGACAAAUCAAACAUUUGUGUUUACAACUAUAUAUGGUGCGCCGAGGCUGUUUAUACCAACUGGUGCCAAUAGAUAUUUCUUUUUGUGCAAGAAUGAGCAACUUGCCUUUGGAGGGGGAGAACAUUUCGCUUUAAGCUUGGAUGGAGAUCUGCUGUCUGGCAGCAGUGGACCUUGUGAGACUUUUGGGAACUCAUGCUUAGCAAAUAAUGAAGAAUUUGAAUUAAAGAAUGUUGAGCUUUGGGGUUUUAGACAUGCAUCUCGAUACCUUGUAUGACUGAUGCAACAUCUCAAGAAUUUGUAUAGUGUGAAGAGUGGCUACAUAACGAAGACACAACGAACAUCAUUCGAAGGCGUCUCUUCAUCAUUACUUCAGUGAUGACAAGCAUUAACCUGCUAGGCUGCUAACUACAUACAACCAUGUUGUAUUGGUUUUUAAAUUAAAGUAAAUUGACACGGUUAUAGUGGGGUCUGAACAUCUAAGAAUUUUUUGUCAUCUGAACAUAAUUGACAUGGUGUACGGUGUACCUGACCAUUGGCAUAUAUGUUUACAUGUAUACGGAGAUGAACAAUCAUCACCAAUGAUGAAUAUAUACUACUACGUAUGUAACACU